AGAGGCGAGCACCCAAGCCUGGAGCCUGGAGCCCAAGCGCGGGCGCCAGCCCUCCGCACACUGCUGGAGCCCGCGCGGGAGGCCCGGGGCUCAUGCAGACGGGAGUCCCUUGAGUGGCGCGCCCGGGACGUGAGUGCCCCUUGCCUUCCCUGGCACCUGACCCCUUCCCCGCCCACCGCGUGCGCCUUGGCACAGCUUCAGUCAUCCGAGCAGGCCCCGCCCUCCGCCGCGGCCUCAGCCAGCCGGGGAGAACGAACGCACGGAACCCGGGCUGCGGAGAGAGAUCCCCUGAGCCGACAUCGCCCCGAGGCGACGGCGGAAAAGCCGCCCCCGCCAGGACGGAGGCGGUCAUCGCGCACCGGCUAUCUGCUCGGCUGGUUGCAGCCGGCGCGAGGACAAAACACGCGUGCGCCGGGAGGGCGGGCGAGCGAGCGGGCGGACGGGCGCGCUGCAGCUUCAGCAAGCGGCGCGGGGUGCACGCCGCCCUUUUGCCGGAGCGGCCGCCGCUGCAGCAGCAGCAGCAGCUCUGCACUGGGGAACUGAGGGUGCAGCAAGGGACUGAGCCGAACUGGACGCGCGACGCCAACGGCUCUCAAGGCAAGAGAGACUGUGGCCCUGCCACGGCGCCGCUCGCGAUUCCCGGUCCCGCACGGCUGACUCUCCCCGCGGCGCGACCUCGCUCCUCACCCGGAGCGCCGCGAUGGAGGUCCCGCCCCGGCUCUCCCAUGUGCCGCCGCCAUUGUUCCCCUCUGCUCCCGCUACUUUAGCCUCCCGCGGCCUCUCCCAUUGGCGGCCACGGGCUCCACGGCAGCUCGCCCCGCUCCUCCCUUCGCUUGCUUCCAGCGCCUCCCGGCAGGGGGCGCGCCGGAGCCCGCGCCACGUCACCGCCCAGCAGCCCUCCCGAUUGGCGGGCGGGGCGGCUAUAAAGGGAGGGCGCAGGCGGCGGCCGGAUCUCUUCCGCCGCCAUUUUAAAUCUAGCUCCAUAUAACGCUCCGCCACCAUUGCCACCAGGACGGAUGGCUCUGCCACCAUGGAGGACAUGGAUGAGUACAGCAGAAUAGAGGAGCUCGCAGAGGGAUCCAAGAUCAACGCGAGCAAGAACCAGCAGGAUGACGGUAAAAUGUUUAUUGGAGGCUUGAGCUGGGAUACAAGCAAGAAAGAUCUGACUGAAUAUUUGUCUCGAUUUGGGGAAGUGGUAGACUGCACAAUUAAAACAGAUCCAGUCACGGGAAGAUCAAGAGGAUUUGGAUUUGUGCUUUUCAAAGAUGCUGCUAGUGUGGAUAAGGUUUUGGAACUGAAAGAACACAAACUGGAUGGCAAAUUGAUAGACCCCAAAAGGGCCAAAGCUUUAAAGGGGAAAGAACCCCCUAAAAAGGUCUUUGUGGGUGGAUUGAGCCCAGAUACUUCAGAAGAACAAAUUAAAGAAUAUUUUGGAGCCUUUGGAGAGAUAGAAAAUAUUGAGCUUCCCAUGGAUACAAAAACAAAUGAAAGAAGAGGAUUCUGUUUUAUCACAUACACAGAUGAAGAGCCAGUAAAGAAACUGUUAGAAAGCAGAUACCAUCAAAUAGGUUCUGGGAAGUGCGAAAUCAAAGUUGCACAACCCAAAGAGGUGUACAGGCAGCAGCAGCAGCAACAGAAAGGAGGCAGAGGGGCUGCAGCCGGUGGAAGAGGAGGUGCUAGGGGGCGUGGAAGAGGUCAGGGCCAAAACUGGAACCAAGGAUUUAAUAACUAUUAUGAUCAAGGAUAUGGAAAUUAUAAUAGUGCCUAUGGUGGUGAUCAGAACUAUAGUGGCUAUGGCGGCUAUGAUUAUACUGGGUAUAACUAUGGGAACUAUGGAUAUGGACAGGGAUAUGCAGACUACAGCGGUCAGCAGAGCACUUAUGGCAAGGCGUCCCGAGGGGGCGGCAAUCACCAGAACAAUUACCAGCCCUACUAAAGGAGGACGCUGGCAGAGCAGGUGUGUGAGAUACAGGAAAGCAUUGCACUGGCUAAUUUAACUUAAAGAUCAAUAGACAAAUGAAAAACUCGAGUAAACGAUACGUUGUGUAGUCCUUGCUAAAGUGUUACUGUUUAAUUGCUUUAUGAGCCUGUUUUGCCUAAAGUGUCUAUAGAUCUUUAACUUUAAAGUUUUACCUCACCUUUUUUAGAACUACAGAAAAACUUAAGAGUUUUUCUGUUUGCUUUGUGUACCAGGAGGUGUAGAGGAGUAAUUAAACUUUUUUAGAAGUGUUAACAGGUAAAGUACUGAAAUGGGUACAACUUAAGGAAAAGAAGAAUGUUGUCUUCUAACUCUGACAUUAUACCUUGUUUGUACCCGCCAGCGGGAACUUCAUUGCAGGCCGUGUGUCACCCUGACCACGUCUAUCUCUGGGGGUCGCACGUUGCGGGCAGAGCGCAAGGCAUACACCAGAAAACGCUGUCCUGUGGUAUGGUCUCUUCCAACUUCAUGUACCAGCGUAAAGAUUAAAGUGGAAAACUUCAGACUUUGGCUUCUUUUUUAAUCUUUUUGGAGAUUAAGUGUCUAAACUUAACUUAAAUGGUUUUUUACAGGAGUUAAAGUGCAUAAAUGCCUUUUUACAGCUUAAUCAUUUUGGUCUUCUGUUUAGUGUUGUAUUUCAAUUGUGGAGCCUCAUUUUAAGUGUUCAUUCUUUAAGAUUUAAUGCUUGCUUUUUCUUUUUAUAGCUAAUAGUGAAAUCUACAAACCAAAACAAGAACUUUUAAAUCUGGGCUAUAAGUUAAAGAUCAUAUGCACAAAGCAAUUGGCUACCGUGUUACCAUUAGAAACCUACCUGGAAUUUGUGGUGGUAGCAUCCAGUUGGCUCACUGGGGAUGCUUCUGGUUGGCCCUCACUUGCUAGACCAGAACAGGGAAGAUUGCAUUCGCGGGUUCUAAAGUCAAUCCAUCCCGUGUCACUUGGAACUCCAGUGAGUUUCAGUGCCCAAACUAUACUUUGCUGAUGAACAUGCAUGUGAUCUUUAAUUGAAGUGAGGACUUAAGCAGUUCAUGAAAGUGGACCUUUGCACGCUUGUGGGGACUGCACACAUCUAAUGGGUGUUUUGUUUUUGUUUUAGGAGGUGUAAAGAAACCAUCUUACAGGACGACAUUGAAGAUUGCUUGAUCUUCUGUUGACCUAAGAUGAUUAUUUUGUAAAAGACUUUGUAGUGUACAUGACACAAUUGUGUCCAACUGUAUAUAGCUGCCAACUAGUUCCUCUGUUUUACUUUGUCCUUUGCUACCUGUGUUAUGAUGACUCAAUGUGGAUUUGUGUUCAUACAAAUUUUUAUUUGUGAUUUUAUGUUAAACCUCAAAUAAAUGCUUAUGUGAUUGUUUUCCUGCGUCAGGUACUGCAUAGUUCUGUGGAAAUGUAAUUUUAUAAAGAAGCAAUAAUCAAGACAGACGCAGCUUAUUUUGUAGGGGGUAUUGGUCCACAGGAAGAAACUGGUCGUGGUAUCCCCUGGUUUCUGUGGGUGUUACUGUGCUUACAGUCUAAUGCUUCAUUUCUCUGUUGAUUCCUUCUACACCUUUUGAAUAAUGUUUCCUCCCUGGGUGUCUGGAGACUGACACUAGUCUGUUGUGAUUGGUGACACUUGCUAUCACAUGGUGUGCUUUCAGAUUAUGGUUCCAAGGGAAGCACCUUGUUGUGCUAGGGCUGUACCUCACUGGCAAGUGUUCUUUGCCUGAGCACAAGUGAUGCUCUUGUUUCUAUCCCAUCACCUUAGAAACAGACCUGUUGGCUACCUUUGUUCUGUGCCUAACCAUGUGUAAUUCACAGAUGACUUUAAAGAGAGUCUGUGGUUUGCCUGUUAGAUAGAGGUAAAUGCAGGGGGGGAACUGGUGGCCAGGGUUUCAUCAGUUCUGUCUGGGAUUAUCCACUAAGGUCAGUGCAGUGGGCUGAGGUUUUAGGAAAGUUAGCAGUAGUGAGUCCAUCCCACCAUAGUACACAAGCUAAAUAGAUUUAAGCAGUUUGCUAUGCAGCCAGAGGAAGGGAGUUGUGGAAAGUCACAUGGUGUAUCUUUUGGUGCAUUAAAAACUUAAAAGAUUUAAGUAAUACAGGCUUCGAGCUUUUCCAUAAAUGUUUGGCUUAGAGGUCUCUCCAUGGUUCCACAAAAGCUUCUGGGUUUGGGGUACAUGUUUAGAGUACUUGGUCUUAGACCAGUGUAAGCUUUUUAUACUGAUACCUUUUUUUAAAUGCCUACAACUUUGUUCCAAUGAUAUUUGUACUUGCUAGGCUGUCAAGUUACCAUGCCUUGGCCUCAUUUUCUUCUGGCCAGGUACCAUUGUUGGCUAUUAAAAAGAACUGUUUCAACUUGCAGCCAGAGAAUAGGAGGUCAUUUCACAUACUGUUAGUAGGUAUAGUAUCCAAGAAAGAAAUACAAUUAGGUGACAAGUUGACAUUGAAGAUUGUCAUUUCCCCUGAUCAAAAUGAAUAAAGUCUUUUUAAAA